AUGCAAGGGCUUCUCGCCUCCUUUGGCGAAUGGCCAAAGCACGAAAGAGCAAAGAAUGCGAGAAUGCGAAGAGAGAGUAGAAAUGAACAUCCGGUAAGAGCGUAAUAGGAGAUGGAUGCGGGAAAUGAUUGCAUGAGGACCAUCGUCGGUUGGAAGGAGGAAAGGGAGAAGAAAGGGAACAGAAAAUGUAUAAAAGGAUGGUCGAUUGCAGCGUUUGAUUCAGUCUCACAGCUCACUGCCACAACAAGAAAACGAAAUCAAAACAUUCUCAAUCGAAUCCACCAAUCCUCAAUUGUAAGAGUCUCACUCUACUCUCCAGUAUCGCCUCAGUGCAAAAUUGACAAAGCCCAGUCAGUCAACAUGAAGUUCUCCAACAUCGCCUUGCUCGCAGUUGCUCCAGCAGCCAUCAAUGCCUGGACCUUGACUCUCGGUGGAAACGUCUGGAAUGGAAAGGGAGACAGAGAUUGCAAGGCCUCUGUGACCGCCAAAGGAAAGGCUUUGGAUUGGGCCAAUGCUUGGUACUCGAGCUGCUGCCUCCACCUGUACAACGACGCCGGCUGCACCAACCAAGUUGGAUACUCUUGCAAUGACUGGAAGAAGACUCUGAGCCAGCCUGUCAAGGCCGUAGCCUGUAUCUGAUUUGCUACUCAGUCUACAAUGGAUGUCUAUAACCUCAUUACUUGACCGACG